UCUGCAGAGAUGCUGAAGGAGCCGCGAGAAUAAAGGGACAUUUUCAAAAACACGCUGCUGUUUGAGCGUAUGUCAGAGAAAAGGAUACCUCUCCUCGUCCUCAUGGAUGGACAGUCCGCGUAUUUAUACCAUUUGACGUCUUUAACAUGAUUUUAAAUCGUAUUUUGUGAGAUUUAACAACCACACCCGGCGCUGAGAGGAUCUGGAUUGAGCGGGAACCUUAAGGCUCCAAUGCCUUAUCCAGGCCCCUGUCGCUGGUGUUAGGGCACAGGCUCGGAGCAGACCACAGACAGGAUGAGUGCAGGGCUGGAGCAGACAGACAUCCUGUCCACAGGCAUCCUGGUGAAGGAACGAUGGAAAGUACUGAAAAAAAUUGGUGGCGGUGGAUUUGGAGAGAUCUACGAGGCACUGGACCUGAUGAACCGGACCAGUGUAGCUCUGAAAGCAGAGUCCGCCCAACAGCCCAAGCAGGUUCUGAAGAUGGAGGUGGCGGUUCUGAAGAAACUUCAAGGAAAAGAUCACGUUUGCCGAUUUGUCGGAUGUGGCCGCAAUGAUCGAUUCAACUAUGUUGUCAUGGAGCUUCAGGGCCGUAAUUUAGCGGAACUGAGGAGGAGUAUGAACCGCGGUACUUUCACAGUCAGCACUACACUCAGACUAGGGCUGCAGAUACUGGAAGCCAUUGAGAGCAUCCAUUCUGUGGGCUUUUUACACCGUGAUAUCAAACCAUCCAAUUUUGCGAUGGGCCGAUUCCCCAGCACAUGUCGGACCUGCUACAUGUUAGAUUUUGGUUUGGCACGCCAGUUUACCAAUUCAUGCCAAGAAGUCAGACCGCCCCGUCCUGUUGCAGGGUUUAGGGGUACAGUAAGAUAUGCCUCAAUCAAUGCUCAUAAGAACAAGGAGAUGGGAAGACAUGAUGACUUAUGGUCUCUGUUCUACAUGCUGGUGGAGUUCUUGGUCGGGCAACUACCCUGGAGAAAGAUAAAAGACAAGGAGCAAGUAGGGAAGUUAAAAGAGACAUACGAUCAUCGGCUCAUGUUGAAGCACCUGCCCCCAGACUUCAGUGUCUUUCUUGACCACAUUAGCAAUGUGGACUAUUUUACCAAACCAGACUAUCAGCUAUUGAGGACCAUUUUUGAGAAUAGCAUGAGGACCUAUAACGUAGUAGAGAAUGACCCAUAUGACUGGGAAAGGAUGAGCUCAGACAACUCGCUUAUGAUCAAUACUGCGGCAAACACUCCACAGCACCACACACGCCUCACGCCAGCUCACAUGGGCAUUGCAAAUGCCUCCUUGGUGCCUGGAGAUCUUCUGAAGGAGAACACAGAUGAAGUUCUGCAGGAUGAGCAGCUCAGUGAUGGGGAAAACGCCCAGCCGGAGCACCUUCCUGGAUCUCCCAAACUUCCUCACAGGAACCAGGAGACUGAUGUCUGGGAGGACUUGGACUGUAACCGCAAUCGAAUCUGUCCUGCUGUCUGGAAGCUGGGAACAGAGGAGGAGCAUAUUAACCAAGGCAAUCAGAGCCCUCAUGCUGGGCCAAGCAUGGGUUCCCCAGUGCGAGUCCAAUCAGAGGUGGUGCCCUCAGAUAGAGACACUCCUCUUUUGAGGAAACUGCGCAACAUCCACAGCUUUGAGCUAGAAAAGAGACUAACUUUGGAGCCUAAACCUAACACGGAGCGCUUCGUGGAGGCCUGUUCUGGUAAGCAGCCACCUGGUCCAAUGAAGGAAGGGAAUGGUGAUGGUGUCCCGGGCCUGGCCAUGUUCAAUGCAAGUCACACCGAACGUGUUUGGCACUAUGAUGAGGAGUUCCGUUCUGGUGGUGGCUCACCCAAGCCUGCCUCCCCGGGCGACGGUGCUGCUAACAGUGGCUUUGUUGCUCUAAACCUGAGCUCAGGGCUGCAAGAUAUUGAAUUGCAUGAAUGGGUGAUGGUAGAGAAGGGCUCUGACCUGCAGGACUUCAGAGAGGCAGCAGGAAGUAGUCCUGGUCGUGAAGCCAAACUCACUAGUAGCCCAUCAGAUGAAUGUGAAGAGGAGCCAGAGAUUUUGCAGCCAAUGGAUGAAUCACCGGAUAAAGAAUUCACUCCUAGUCCAGUACAAGGAAACACUCCCACAGCUCUGCAUACCGUGCAGGGCCCCGAAAGAAUGGACCAAUUGGAGCUGAGUGUGAUCCCUUCUGCUGGUGGACCUCCUGUUACCCCCACCAGUCCUGGUGAGGCACUGGCUGAAGGAGCACUCACACAGCUGCCCACCUCUCCUGCCUCCCAACCUGAGGAUCUUUUGUCAAGGACAUGCAGCCCCAUGCAUCUGCGCUCCCCCAGCCCUCACACCCUCCUGACCACCCUGUCGGACCCCCUGCACCAGCGCACCCCACCUGGGUUGCGCCGUAGCCAGUCUGCAGACCACCAACACCCUUUCUCUCCUACCUCCUCGUGCCACACCUCGCUGCCACUUCCUUUCCAGCCUCGUGCCACCCAUUCACCUGGGCGCAGGAAACUUCCUGCCAUUCCAGUAGCCGCUGCAAACACAAAGUUUCCUUCAGUCAUUAGAAUCACUCGUGCUCAGCUUCAGCAGUUGACAGCUCAGCGGCCCUCUGUGCUGUCCUCCCAGUCUGCAUCUGACAGCGUUCCACUGGAGAGACAUGAUAAUGAUAAUUGUAACAAUGAGAUUCAUCCACAAGACAACACAGCUGACAUCAACUCUCCACAGAAGCAGGUCCCCUUUCAGCCCACCAGCCCCUCAAAUGCUGAGUUGGAUCCUUUGCUAAAUGGGAACAUUCCUCAAAAACCUUCUUGCCCAGUGCCAAGUCUGGUGGCGUCUCCACGUACACCACCUUCUCCGCGAAGCCCAGUUAUAAUGAACGGACAUUUUAGACCUCAUUCAGAUGCUCAGAAAGACGCCAGCGAAAUGCUUCCCGAAUUUAAAGACCCCCAGAGUGUUUCUGUCUUCCCUGAUCGCUCCAUUGAGCCCAGCCUGGAGGAGGAGGGCAAGGAAAAUACUCCUGCCAGAAACUGCAGUCCUACCCCUUCUUCUCCAGCCUCCACUCCCAAACAAGACCCAAGUCAACGACACAGCCGUAUCCCAGUGCUAGAACUUUAUAGCCUUUUGGAUCCACCACCGGGAUCUGCUAAAGAGAAGUUGCUGCAGAAAAGGGUUCACCACAUUCCUCUUUCACCUUCUGCUUCCCCCUUAUUGCCCUCAGAGAGGCGUGUAAUCAUGGCUGCCAUGCAGCGGGACCAGCUUUCUUCUGCCUCUUCUGAAUGCUCUCAGGAUGACGAGUCACUUCUGGGUUCUCGCCCCGAUCAUCAGGGUGAUGAUGCUCACUCACUGUCCUCCUCCUCCAGCCCAAUUAUACGGAAGAGCAAGAUCCCCCGCCCCGUUAUUCCAACAGUUGGCACAGACACCAGCACAGCACACUUUGUGCCUCACCCACCCCCAGGAAAACCUCCUAGCCGCUCUGCUAUGGAUGGAAGGCUACGGCGGUACAGUAUUCGUGCUGGCAGCACCAGUGACUCGGACCUGCUGACCUGUCUGGCCCAGCUAAUGCAAGCCAGUUCACCCCGUGGCUUUCAACAUCACAGCCGCUCUUCCCCCCAGCACACGGGCGCAAGACAUGGGUUCGUCAGUCCCAGCACCGCUGCUCACCACCUCCUCCAGCGCAGCUCUAGCGCCUCCCCUCGCAGCUCCUCCUCAUUGCAGCGCUCCGCCAGCUCUUCCCCGUCCCGCCACGAGCACCGUGGGAGCUGUCUGGGCCGCAGCCGCUCUCCCCCCAGUUUCUCUGGCUCACCUCCUUUGCGCCGCAUUCAUCCUCACAUGCAAGAAGGCUGCUGUGGGCGACAGGCCCGCUCUGCUACUGUACACAUCCAAAGGGGCAAAAUCAGCAACUGUGAGGUCAGGUGCUCCAUCAAGCUGAGCAGAUAGUUAACCACAGGUUUCAGACAAUGGUUGAGGAAGUGAAUGGGUUAAAGGGUGCUCAUCUGCCCCAAUGACUACGUAAUUUGUGAUAAUGUCUACUUCUAAUUUCUCUUGCACAUCUGCAACUUCGCCAAUGUCCUUUUAAUUUUUAGAAGCUCCCUUGCCUUCCAUCUGUCAGUGGCCUCUCUAGUAAUAAUACUAAAAUUGUAACUAGUUAAAAAUCAGGGGAGGUUAUUUGUGAUGCUUACUGGCCAGUUCUUUAGAAUAUUUUUGUUUUAAAUCAUUCCAGAGCUUUUACGAAGAUUGUAUGUGUUCAUGAACUACAUGGGGGUUGUCUGUUUGCAUCAAGCAUGGCUGUAUUAUAGUAUUUAUUAUGUUAUUUAUUUGAUGCACAUUGCAGCCCUCUCUUGAGUGCAGUGGCGGGUACACUAAUAGAUCAUGCCAUCAUUUUUAUGGUCGCUCUUGCUCUGAGCUUUGUCUACUGUCAGCACCUUGAGGUGGUUUGUUUCUAAGGCCUGAAACAUACUCAAGUAUGUGAUUACAGAUGCUUUUUAGCUACACAAGCUCAUUUUUGGGUGUUGUUGCAUAUUGAAAUGUCAAAAUGCAAUUCAGAACGCAACUUAAGUGAACAUUGUAUUCUCAGCAUUGCCACAUGGGGUGCAACAAUCUUGUUCUAUGGUGAGUUUUUUUUUUUAUUUCAGGAUUGCUAUUGUCAUUACGGGGCAGUGGUUUGAACAGAAUCUUGCUGAGCAAGUUAAGCUGGGCACAAAAUGAUUUUUAUGGUCCUUUACAAAUCUUGCUUGUCCAAUUUUACGUUAUGAUCCCAGUUAGAUCUUAGGUAAAAGCCAUGGCACACUGUAUGUCAUUAUGUCAGACUGCAUGAUACACAUCGUAGCCAAGACAAGGUCCCAAUAGUCCUGAUUAACAUGCUGACUGGCUGUUGUAUCACAUCUUGUCAUCAUAGGAGCAGUCAUACUGUAAAACUGCAGUGCAAAAUUUCGGACACUGCCAGAACUUUACACCAAGACCUUUUUUUAACACUAUGAUUCAUUGCAAAUGCAUUUAAUUGGCCAUCUAUGAACAUGCCACACUAAGCAUGUUCUAUCAAAGACGGCUGAUUUUGCCCUUUGACAAGAGAAAUCUUGGUUGCUUUUUAUUUUACAGUACGUGUAUAUUCAGUAUACUUACAAUGUACUUAAAGUACAGAGUAAUAUUAGGUAACUACAUGUACUUAAUAUGGGUUAAGGUUAGGGUUGGAGUUAGGUUUAGGGUUAGUACCUAGUAAUUACUGUAGUUGUUAUAAUUAUAUAGUACUUAAAUAUAGAAUAGUACUGUAAAAUAAAGUGCUACUGAAAUCUUUUACAAGCAAAGAAAAAAAAAAAAAUCUUAGACAGCAAAACAUGGCCAAAAUCAUUCUGUGUGAAGCUACAUAAUAAUACAUUCAUUUGGCACAGACAUUUGAAGGAAACUCUAUUGCACCAUUGAGUGUUGAGGUUUGUUACCAACACACCGAAACAAGAAUGCAUGCUUCAAGGGUACUGUGUGCUUGCAGUGCUUUAUCCAAGCAGUCGCUUCUGCAUUUGCAUACUCAUGUGGGGAGUAUGUUUUUGGCCUAAAAGAGUGUGUAAGGCAUAAGAGGAACGCCAGAGAAACUGGUCUUCCUUUUCCAAGAGAUGGUUAACAAUGAAACAAUAAAAAACAAAAGUGUUCUUGUGAUUUGACAUGCCUAAAGCAGGUUUACUUUGGAAUAUAUACAGGGCAGACUCAAGCUUUGAGAAUUUGGAGUCACAAACAAAACUUGAUUGCUGGGUUUUUUUUUUUUUUUGACUGUUGAGCACCUGAUAUCCCACAUCAUUAUGUUAUAUUGAACACACCCUCACAUAAGUACGUGAAUUUAAACAUGUAUUACUUAAUAAUUGAUGUAUUUAAUUUUUUUAUUGGUUAUUUGCAGGCCCACACAGAAUCUGCACCUGCAGAACUCCAUAUUUCAGAACACUAGGCUCACACAUUUCAGCAGAAUUGGAAUGCUCAGCUUUCACUAAGUUCUGCACUCCAUUUAAUACAUUCUACCAUGUUUAAAUCCAUUCUGCAGAUUUUACCCCAAAUUCAUUGCCGAAAAUGCGUAUAUAUAUAUAUAUAUAUAUAUUUUACACAUAUACACACACACCGAUCAGCCACAACAUUAAAACCACCUGCCUAAAAUUGUGUAG